AGAACCUUCCAGAGCAGGGCGUAGCAGGAAUUGGAGUUUGAGUUUUCUGGCAUAAAUACAAAGCGAGGCUAGGUUCACCAUUUUUGUUUUAGUGUCGUUGUGGUUUAUAACGGUUUUUUAACCGCACACGGCCAGCCUCUUUCCUCAAAACUUGUUCAUACCGCUGGAGACAAGACACAGAAAUAAACAAGCUUUUAGGUGGGGCCCAAACAGAGUGCAGGAUGGACGGUGAAGUGACGGUGGUUACCAACCCGUAUGUGAAUGUCCGUAUCACAAGCAGCCUUUCCAGCUUUGAGAACCGCAGAAGGUUCAAUAAAAGAAUUACUAUUGCAGAAUUAAAGAUGCUCCUGGAGAUGAAUGUGGGUGUACCUGCUUCCAGCAUGGACCUGGAGAUUUUUAGCACCACCGAUAGGUUCCUACAGAAAAUUGAUAACGAUGAAGCUUUCUUUGGUUCCUACCCUGUGGAUGAUGAAUGCAGAAUACAUGUUAUUGACAGGAGUGGAGGACAGACCAGCGAGUUGUUUGAUGAUUCCAAAGUGGAGAAGUUUGAGCUGUCAGAUGAGGCCUACGAACAACGGAAAGAAUCCGUCCGGUCAUUCUUAAAGAAGCAGAAUUUAGGCCGCUUCAAUGAGGAAGAAGCUGCUAAGAAGAAAGCUGAGCUCACCAUUCGGGAAGAACAGCAGAAGGCUGCAGCAGAGGCCAUUUCUGUUGGCAGCCGCUGCAAAGUGGAGGUCCCAGGGCAGCCCACAAAGCUUGGCACGGUCAUGUAUGUUGGUACAACAGAGUUCAAGUCAGGUCAUUGGGUGGGUGUGAAGUACGAUGAGCCCCUUGGAAAACACAAUGGAACCGUCCAGGGGAAGCAAUACUUUGAGUGUCAAGACAAAUACGGGGCAUUUGUGAAGCCGUUGAAUAUGACUGUGGGAGACUUCCCUGAAGAGGAUUACGGUUUGGAUGAGAUAUAGAACUGUUCUGGUCGGGGUUUUUUUUUUUCUUGUUACGGUCAUUUAUUUUAAUUUCAGAUGCACUCACUGAACAGAGAGGAAGGAGAACGACAGAUUUAUUGUAACAAAUGUUCCUGUUUGGUCGGUGGAUGGCAUGAUCCGAAGGCACUUUAGCUGGAAGUUUCUUUUCUCUGCAGCCUCACAGAAGUGAUUGUCAAUUUGUGACUAUAGACGAGUCAUUUAAAAAACUAGUUACAUCUGACAGCGCUGCACACAAGAAGGUUUUUUUUUUCAGAUUAAUGUAUUUAAGUUUUCUUAUUUUGUCUUGUUUUUGAAUCAGUUUGAAUAUUUUUCCUUUUCAAUUCAUGUCAGUCUGUCUGAAUUUUGUGUAACUGCGCAUAUUUACAGUCGUAUUGUUUAAGGACUGUCAAUCGAGUUUAAAAUUCACUCUAAUCAUACUUUGACAGUAAAAAAGGUCGCUCCAGGUUAGUUGCUUUAUGAUUGGUGAGAGUAAAUCAAAGCUGCAGACGGUGGAUGCUUGCAUUUUUUUUAAACCAAGUCGCUCUCAGAAAAUGCAUCACAUUUAUUUUUUUAAGUAACAUUUUUCAUUUUCUUGUGUGAAAACUGCUUUUUCUGACAAAACUGCUGCUUUUUUUUCCUUCUUUUCUUUAAAAAAAAGACCAACAGAUAUUUCCCUUCUAAGCAAAACAUGGCUGCUUUGUUUGUCACAUGUCACCACUCUGUAUCGCAGCACAAGUCACAUAUUUGUGCAACUGAUUUUACUCAGUUGGCUGCAGAUCUCUGUAACAAUUGCAUCACUCGGUGUCGAAAAGCGUUGCAUUUCAAAUUGAUGUUAGGCUAUACGUGAAAACACUUGGCAUACUGUUUAAUUUGAAAAAAUGUAAAAUUGCUAUAAUUUCAUUGUCUUUUCAAUAAAGUUGGUGGUAAUUAUUAUAAAUUGACCUCUAAGGUGCUGGUGACAAUAUGUGCCAAAGGAUAGUCCACACUAAUAAAGUCUGUACACAUGAUCA